UUUGUGCGGGCCUUAUAUCCGUUCAAAAGUAGCGAGGCCAGCGGACUCACAUUUGACCGCGGAGAAAUCAUCGAGGUGCUUGCAUGCCUGGAGUCAGGGUGGUGGAAUGGACUGUGCGGCAGCAACCGCGGCUGGUUCCCGUCGAACUACGUG